AUGGCGACCUCACCCAUUGUCCUCGACGGCGGUACCGGUUUCCUCAAGGUCGGAUACGCGGGCCAAAACUUCCCCGAGCACCAAUUCCCCUCCAUCGUCGGUCGACCUAUCCUACGAAGCGAAGAGAAGACGGACAGCAAUGUAGUCAUCAAGGACAUUAUGUGCGGUGACGAGGCGGCCGCGGCGCGCACCAUGCUCCAAAUCACCUACCCCAUGGAGAACGGUAUAGUGAAGCGAUGGGACGAUAUGCAGCACCUCUGGGAUUUCACCUUCCAGGAGAAACUCAAGGUCGAUACGCAGGGGCAGAAGAUCCUGCUGACAGAGCCGCCCAUGAACCCGCUGAAGAACAGGGAGCAGAUGUGCGAGGUCAUGUUUGACCGCUAUGGCUUCGGCGGUGUGUACGUAGCGAUCCAGGCUGUCCUUGCUCUGUAUGCACAGGGCCUAAGCUCCGGUGUCGUCGUCGACUCAGGCGAUGGCGUCACGCAUAUUGUUCCCGUCUACGAAUCCGUCGUUCUCAACCAUCUCACGAAGCGUCUCGACGUGGCUGGCCGCGAUGUCACCCGCAACCUGAUCAAGCUGCUCCUCCGCCGCGGCUAUGCCCUGAACCGCACCGCCGAUUUCGAGACUGUUCGACAAAUCAAGGAGAAGCUGUGCUACGUCUCCUACGACCUGGAGCUGGACAAGCACCUCAGCGAGGACACCACCGUCUUGGUGGAGAACUACACGCUCCCUGACGGCCGUGUCAUUCGCGUGGGAAGCGAACGUUUCGAGGCACCCGAGUGCCUGUUCCAGCCCCACCUGGUAGACAGCGAGUCACCGGGCCUGGGCGAGUUCCUCUUCAACACGAUCCAGUCCGCCGAUGUCGACAUUCGAUCGUCUCUUUUCAAUGCCAUUGUCCUGUCCGGCGGAAGCAGCAUGUACCCCGGUCUGCCAUCACGACUCGAGAAGGAGCUGAAGCAGCUUUGGCUCACAAGGGCGCUACAAGGUAACCCUGAGCGGUUGUCCAAGUUCAAGGUCAGGAUCGAGGAUCCCCCGCGGAGAAGGCACAUGGUGUUCCUGGGAGGUGCCGUGCUGGCCAACAUCAUGGCGAAUAAUGAAAGCAUGUGGGUGACCAAGGCUGAGUGGGACGAGCAAGAUCCCCUCGACAGGGCCUCGCAACGAUAUGAGCCCAAGACUCGGGUGACUGAGCGCUACCGCAUCGUUGGCUUCAUCAGCAGCGGCACGUAUGGUCGGGUCUACAAGGCUACAGCCCGGAGUCAUCCCGCGCAGGAGCAGGGUAGCAAAGAUGCCGAGGUCCACCGGCCGCAUGGCCUGCAGGUCGCUAUCAAGAAGUUCAAGCCCGACAAGGAGGGUGAGCAGAUCAGCUAUACGGGCAUCUCACAAUCCGCUAUCCGUGAGAUGAGUAUAUGCGCGGAGCUCCGGCAUGAAAACGUCAUCAGGCUGGUUGAAACGCUGCUGGAGGACAAGUGCAUCUUCAUGGUCUUUGAGUACGCCGAGCAUGAUCUGCUGCAAAUCAUUCAUCAUCACACGACGCAGCCACCAGGGCCUCGACGACCGAUACCUGCGACUGUCGUCAAAAGUCUUCUUUUCCAGCUGCUCAACGGGUGUCAUUACCUUCAUACGUCUUGGGUGUUGCACCGCGACUUGAAGCCAGCCAACAUCAUGGUCACAUCAGAGGGCCGUGUCAAGAUUGGCGAUGUAGGGCUGGCACGCCGUUUUGACAAGCCGCUUGCAUCGCUUUUCGGCGGCGACAAGGUCGUUGUGACAAUUUGGUACCGUGCACCGGAGCUCAUUCUGGGAUCGUACCAUUACACGCCUGCGAUAGAUCUGUGGGCCAUUGGAUGUAUCUUUGCCGAGCUGUUAUCACUUCGACCCAUUUUCAAAGGCGAGGAAGCAAAGAUGGAUAGCAAGAAGACGGUUCCGUUCCAGCGAAACCAGAUGCAGAAGAUUGUCGAGGUCAUGGGCAUGCCUACAAAGGAGAGGUGGCCCCUCAUCACUUCGAUGCCCGACUACGCACACCUGAGCUCCGUGAGGCCGCCAGUGGAUCAUCACCACCAUCACAACCACCACUCCUCGGCCAGAGCGUAUCCCAACACAUCGUCACUGGAGAAAUGGUAUUACAAUACCAUCAACCACGGCUCAGCGUCCACAUCCUCGUCAAUGCCAAGCAACGCUGGCAGCCCUCCUUCUCCACUCUCGUCACUGGGUGCGGAAGGCUACAAGCUACUGGCCGGCCUCCUUGAGUAUGAUCCUGUCAAGCGCCUCACUGCCGAGCAGGCGUUGCAACAUUCCUUCUUCUCCACAGGCGACAAGGUACUUGCAAGUGCCUUUGAGGGUCUCAAGGUCGAGUAUCCCCACCGGCGCGUGAGCCAAGACGACAACGACAUCAGGACCAGCAGUCUUCCCGGAACAAAGCGAAGCGCGCUGGGCGACGAUCUGUUGCGGCCACCCAAGCGGAUAAAGGGGUAG